AUGAAAGUGUUCAUCGUGUUGGCAGCGGCAGCUGCUCUUGCAAACGCCCAAUUUAAAUGCCCCAACAAAGACGGCCAAUAUGAAGACGACAGACAAUGUGACAAAUUCUACGAAUGCAGAGAUGGUGUUGCCACCACAAAACUCUGCCCAGAUGGUUUAGUGUUCGACCCUACUAUUAGGAAGAUCAACAAAUGCGACCAGCCCUUCAACGUUGAUUGUGGAGAUAGGACAGAAUUACUGCCUUUGAAGGAACAAAAGUCUAUAAUGUAA